AUGAGCGAUAAGAAUUUGAUAGGGAAACUAGACUUGAGCGAUUUCACUAAAUUAGAAAAAUUGAACUGUUCUUACAACCAAUUAACUAGCCUAAAUCUAAGCGGUUGUCAAAAUUUGACUGAGUUGGAUUGUUCUAACAAUGAAUUUGUUAAUACCAACUUUCUACGAACGAUACCUAACCAAGAAAAAUUAGAGAAGUUAAAGUUAAAUGAUAAUCAAGAACUGAAAGAAAAAUUGAACUUCUUAACUCCCUUUGCCGCUUUAAAAGUUCUAAAUAUUGGUCUCGACUACUUAUCAGAUAAUUGUCGAGAACUCUACUGUGAGCCAGACACCACAAAAAAAUCAGCCAAGAUUGCUAGUAUUUUAGUUAAACAUCUUGAAGAAAGAAGUGAUGGCGAAAAAUACUUCAACUUGUGGGGAGGAAGGGCAGCGGUUGGUAUUAGUGGUAUUUUAUCCUUCUAUGAUUACCAAGUAGGAGUGGAAUUUACGAAAGAUGCAGUUGAGUUAUUAGAUAAUUACCAUGAGUUGAAAGGGAUACUCGAAUCACUCCGAGGUUACAAAAUAGGAAAAGAAAAAUUAGAUGAAGCAUUGAAAGAUUUAGAUAAUAGGUCUAAAGAAUUUUCAACAAAAUACGAUGAAGACAGUAACGGAACAAUUAGCAUUUUUGAGUUACAAACAAACAAAAACGACCUUGCUCAAGAUUUAGACAAGGAAAAAAAUGAAGAAGGAAGUAGCCAAUUAGGAGGAAUUUUUCAAGCAAUAAAAGAAUUGGAAAAAGAGAUAAAUAAGUACCGGCGAAGUUUUUAUUAUGGAACGGUUGAGGAAGAAGAAAAAAAUGAAAUUCGGCAAGAAGUAACCAGAGUUGAAAUUCCACCAGAAUUUGUUCAGAAUGACAGCCACAUUCGUCUUUUAGAUAGCCUAGAAGAUGAAAAUAUAGAAUUAGAAACUAGAGUUGAAACACCACCUAAAAAAUAA